AUGAACAAAAGCUGUGUCGGCUGUGCUAGCUCAAAGCUGCGAUGCGAUCUUGACACAAAGGGCUCACCCUGCUCGCGAUGCAUGGACAAACAUUCGCCGUGUGUCAGGGCUGGACGCAAGAAGCGAACAAGCAAAAAGAGGGCGACCACAGCGACGACCAUCAUCAGCCCCGUUCCAUCACCACAGACGAGCAGCCAGAAUACCAACCCAACGCCGUUUCAUGGGGAAAAUGUCAACCUCCCGUUCCUCGAUACACCGUCAGUGGGUGACAUCGACUUAUCCCAGCUUGUAGAUAUUGAAAGCAUGUUUGACAUGAGCGCUUGGACGUGGAGUCCGGAGGACAUGGCAUCUAUACUCGGCGAGACCGACAUGCCCCAGAGCCGUGGUUCAUGGCCGGUAUCCCCGGAAAUCCCAGUAACAAGGGAUGGAUUCCUGUGCCCAGAUACCUUCCGCCUCCCAGCCGACUAUACUCUGGAUUUUGACAGCCCCGAGAUCAUCCCGGUGCAUCGGCUUGAGACGUUUGCGAGACUGUUCUUUUCUCGUUUCCAUUCUUUUAUACCUCUAUUGCACAUACCAACAUUCUGUCUUGCCUCAUCCGCUCCGGUCCUCGUUCGAACGAUAUGUUUCAUCGGCGCUGGUUUUGACAGUGACCCAUCAUCUACAUCGGACGCCAGGUUGAUGUAUGGAUCCCUGCCUUCAUUGCUCGCUAAAUGCUGUCUCUUCUCCAAUGGGACGUCGCCAACCUUUGAAGAGCUGCAGGCUUUGGUGCUACUGCAGUUUGCGACAGUGGCAAAUGGUGGAAGUGCCGAGAGGGCUGCAGCGCGGCUUCUGCACCCUCUCCUCGUCGCGGCAAUACGGCACGAAGGGCUCCUAAAGAUCCACGGAGAAUGCACCCGCGCGGUGCGGAAUGCGCAGUUCUGGCAGCCAUGGAUCCAAAAAGAGCUGAGCAAGAGGGUACUCUGGGGCGUCUAUGCCGUCGACUGCUACCAGUCGAUACUCUGCGGCAGCAAACCCCUCCUCUCUCCGACAGACACGAGGGCGUCUUUUCCGUGCGACGAUGAGAGCUGGACCGCUUGCUCAGCCUCUUUGUGGGCUGCACUUCCGGCGCAGGAUCCGUCUAGCUGCUUCCUAUCCUCGGUUAAGGAUUUGAUGAUGGGUCAAGCCCCUGCCAAGUCAAACAUGACCAUGUUUGGCAUGAAUCUGCUUAUCCUGGCUGUGAACGCGUUGCUACUCGAGGCCCAGACUUCAGUUUUACCAGUUGACACUACUGCCCUGGACCAAGCGUUGCAGACAUGGUUUACAUCUUGGGAACAGUUUCGAGGACAGCCUCACAUUCGCCCUGUUGGAACAACAAGCUCCAAUAUCAUCUCAAAUAUUAGAGAACAGGCGUAUCAAGAGGAGAUGACGCGGUGCGUUGAGCGAAUUCUUGGCGACUUCCAGGAGGUGUGA